CGGCGCUCGUGCCCGGAAGAGGGGGCGCGCAGGCGCGGCGGGCUGGGGAUUUUGCUGCGUCACCAGCCGCCGCCUUCUCCUGGCCGCACAUAGGCACAUUUUUCUCUCUUCUGCCGUCCGCCCCUCCUCUUUCGCCAGUCCCGAGGAGCUCGCGCCGCGCGGGGCAUUGUGGGACCCAGGCCGACUCCGCCGCCGCCGCCGCCCGCCUGCCCGAGGGGAGAGCGCGAGAGGCGACGAGAGAGGCCGCCCGCCCGCCCGACCGACCGACCGACCAACCGCCCCACCGACCGCCCGCCCGCCCGCUCCCCUUUACCAUGCAGCCAGCCUCUGCCAAGUGGUACGACCGGCGGGACUAUGUGUUCAUCGAGUUCUGUGUGGAGGACAGUAAAGAUGUUAACGUCAACUUUGAAAAGUCCAAGCUUACGUUCAGCUGUCUGGGUGGAGGUGAUAACUUUAAACAUUUAAACGAAAUUGACCUUUUCCAGUAUAUCGAUCCAAACGACUCCAAGCAUAAAAGAACAGAUCGAUCGAUCCUCUGCUGUUUACGGAAAGGCGAGUCUGGCCAGUCGUGGCCGAGGCUAACCAAAGAGAGGGCAAAGCUCAACUGGCUCAGCGUGGACUUCAACAACUGGAAAGACUGGGAAGAUGACUCAGACGAAGAUUUGUCCAAUUUCGAUCGUUUCUCUGAGAUGAUGAACAACAUGGGGGGCGACGAAGACGUGGACCUGCCGGAGGUGGACGGCGUGGAUGACGACUCGCCAGACAGCGAUGAUGAAAAAAUGCCCGAUCUGGAGUAAAGAGGAAGCGUCGUCUUCGGGGUCUGGGAAGGAAAGGAAAAGAUCGAACGAACUUCAUCGCAAAACUUCAUAAUCGAGAGCAACUUCCCGAGCCGGCCCAGCCGAGGGAAGGCAGACGGUGACUUGCCCCUUUAACCCAUUUUCAACCUGUUUGUUUUAAGGCUUCCGUGAGGGUUGUUCAUGUCCCCCACCCCACCCUGUCCCUCCCCUGAGGUGGGGGUCCCCGCCUGCCCCCCUAGGGGGGCAGCAGGGUCAGCUGGGAACCCUUCCCCAGACUCCCCAGACUGGAUCGAGGUGCCGGCCGUCCACACAGCAGGCCGCACACCAAAGUUCCACGGGUUCCUCCCACUCCGCCCCCACGAGCUCUUCAAUUCUGAUUUUUCAGCGGGGCCGGAGUGGGGGCGGAAGGCCGCCGACCCUUCUCUGGCCGACGGCUCCCACUUCGAACAGGCCGUGGCUCUGGGCGUCUCCAGCCGCAUUCCUUCGAUGCCUCCCCCUCUCCUGGCUCUGGCUCUUGGUGCGAGCACCGGGGCCACCUGGGCCAUCGGGGGUGGUGAGGAAGGGCGGGGGGGAGGGGUCGGUUGGAAGACUGCAGCGGUGGUAUCGUUUUGACCUUUGACGUUCUUGCCUCUCGCACAGGGAGUGGGGUGGCGGCUGUACGCUGUGGCGUGUAUGUACGUUUAGACCAAAUUCGUCUUUGCACUGUCUGUAGGGGGGCGAGGGCAAAAUCAUAUCCAGCCCUGGUGGAUUCUGGGUUUUGUGCUCUGUCUAGUCAGCUGGCAGGCUCAGGGCCACCUCAAUUUCUGUUCUUGAACCGUGGGGAUUGUGUUGGUUUUUUUUUUUUUUUUAACGUCCACAUUCUUUCUAAUAAACUGUUGAAGACUUCUUGGCCGUC